ACAACAUACCCGGCGCUUGGUAGCAUUUACUGUAAUAGUAGCGAAAGCAGACGAAGUAUGCAGCUAGCUAGCGCUGCUCGAACAUGAUGUCCAAUCGCGAAAGUGCUACGUCGGUAGAAAACAACAUCUCAGGAACGCCAUCCCAUCGCCGGUCACCCAAAAAUGAUGUGGUAGACUGCAAAAUGUUGGGUUUUGUACGAAAAUGCUCUAGUUUUUCACCAUGGGAGUUUGGCAUAUUGUUUUCGGCUUCGUUGUUCCUUGCUAUCAGCAUAAUCUUAACUAGUGAGCGAUUCGAACAUGUCGCUGCUUCACACUGCCGGGACAAUAUAAGUAUCAGCAACCUAGUUGCCAAUAUAACGACCGAUUAUCUGGAUAAUAUGGAUAAGCAAUGUGCAGCGGAGUUCACGUUUCGUUUGCUGAUCAUUAUUCAUUGUCUGUUCUCGCUCUUCUACGUUUGGCAUGGACUAUUCUGGGGACGAUGGUACGAGCUGUACGUGUUUGCGUGGAACACAGUGCUUCGUUCACUGUAUAGUGGGGCCGAUUUCUAUAUCCUUAUGCAGGAGACCCAUCCGGCUAAUGUGGUACACCAUCAUAUCUUUAAGAUUAAAAUAGCCCGUUUAGUGUUCCUGGGAAUGACAGUCAUUACCGCCUUAAUUGGUUGUCUUGUGGCGCAUUACAACAUAAAGAAGGGUCGAAUUAUUCUCGGUCAAACCACUGAUAAAAUUGGCAGCGCAACGGAGCCGCUGCUUGCAGCAGCGGACAAUGAUCAAGCAUCCGUCAGCGAGAGGCACGAUAGAGAGCAAGAACAGGGCGAGCAGCACGAUGGAGAACAGGGACAGGGCGAAAUACAUGAUGGGAAACGAGGACAGGAAAGUGAGGAAACACAAAAAAUCAUGGACGAUUGUAAGCUGAUUUUGCUGACACGAUCUCUGCGCACCUUCAGCGUGCAGUUUCAGGUGUCCUUUUUGGUACUUAUUUUGUUCCAUGCUGAGGAAUUUCAUUUAGCUACUUUGGAGAAGGUGACUGUGGCGUUUCGCGCUUUUUUCAUCCUUAUCUGGGUCUGCGCCGUAACCACAAGCCUGAAGCGGCAGGAUAAAUACCUGGCUGGCGUAGCAUCCGGCAGCGUAAUGGCGGAGGUGUUUUAUAUUUCCUAUCAAUUCUACGAUUCAAUCAUGACUCUAAAGAGUGACGCUCUCAAGAAUGACACUGGAUAUCUCAGUACGCUUUCGUUGCAUACAGCCGUCUUCAUUAUUGGAGGUGCGGCUAUUUUCGCUCGCGGUAUCACAACAUGGUUUUUGUUCCGCACAGCAAAAAUCGCGUUCCGAAACGGUCGCGCAUGGAACGAACUAGUAUAUCCUGAUUCAAAUCCUAAGGAUACGGACAAAACUAAAAGUUUAGCGCUAGAUGACAGCCACGGGGCAUCUAGUGCGGCGGUGUCCAAUGCUCCCCUGCCCGUGAAUACCAAUCACGAAACGCUCUUAAACUAUGGCGCGACAACGAUCCCGUACUCGCGAAUAAACGAGUGACCAUCAGAAUACCUGCGGCUAUCGAGGAUUUCCUGUGACCUUUCGCUCUAUUACCCGUUUGUUAAAUUUACUUCGAGCGUUAUUUUUAGCACGUACAAGGGCAAUUACAACAGCGUCAUCGAGUUUACGAUACGGGCAAGGGCAUUGAUACGUAUCCUGUACAAGAUCAAUAACCGCAGCAUAAUCGAAUUUUAUGCCCUACUUUCACUAAAUUUGCUGAAUGGUUACAAGAAAAUGCAAACACGCGGUAACACACUAAACCGGUACUUCUUUA